AGCUCACAGAGAGCAGGGCAGGGAUUGUUCUCUCAAUUUCCAGAAGAAAACGUGAACCGUGCAAAUUGCCUGCAUUUGCAAAAGAGUCUGUGAGCGAGCCAAGUGCUUAUUCCAGACCCUGCACAGCCCUGAGUGAUAUUUCCGCCUCACAGCCCCUUUCCUUGCAGGCAGUUCUUCGGCACUGACCCAUCUGCAGGAGGUCUGGGGGCCCUGCCACACGUGCUGCACACUCCUCUCCGCGUGCGCUGUGUGAACCGUGAGCCUGAGCCUCUGCAACCGGCCACAACAGCAUCUCCUCUGCCCAGUCACACAAAACCCAGAUGGCUCUGAGAUCCAGUCUGCAAAUAAGAAUGGUUACCCUUGCUGGAGUGAAACGUCGUUUACCACAGAGGAGUGUGUUUGCAGCUGUCAAGGACUCCCUGCUUCCUACUUGGAGAGAGGGGAACAGACAAACAAUCCUUGCACACGAGUUCAAGCACCUCUCGUUCAAGAGUUUCUGGCUUCCUGUGGAUGACUGGUGUCCUGCUAAGAGCAGAAAAGAUGUACAACUAAGCCUGCUCUACCAUAUUUCCAUUACCAGCUCCUGAUGGAGAAGCCUGGGGCUAUCUGGUCGUGGUCUCUAAGUGAUGACUCAAUAGUCAGUAGCAGUGCAGAAGACUAAGAUUUAAGCUUUUUGGUGGUCUCUGAAGAAAUGCUUCAUAUUUGUGAAAGUGGGACACCAAAGGAACAAGGAGCACCAGAAAAUACAGCAAAAAGAUUUCAACCAUUUAGUGACAGCUUCCAAGGCCUGAGCAACAUUUAAAGGAGCCAGAUGAAUUAGAAGAUUGUAGAAGUAUCUUCACUUUCUCUGAAGCAGGUGACAGUGUGAAGGAGGUUAUCUGGUGCUGUCAUUAUUAAGAGGAGCAAUAUCUCACUGCAAAAGAGGUGCUGAAGGUAGUGAUUGUCCCUGGGGUAAGAGCAAAGGGAAGGUGGGCAUGUUUGCAGCCCGGUGCUAAGGCACACACACCACUGACAGGUGCAGUGUGAACACGACACAUACUUGGAAACAAAAGUGAGAUAUUGGUGGAAAGUGAAAAUGGAAAACUUUCCAGAUGCCAGGUGGAAAAUGAUAUUAAAGCUGUCAAAAUAAGUCACAACAAAGACUGGGUUUUCUCGUAGACUAACAGGAGUCAUGUUCUGGAGAAGAGGGAAGGUUUCAACUACAAGGCGGAGUGUCAUAAAUGAAACAAUUAUGAGCAUUGGAGGUUAAAUUUGAACCCAUUUGUUUUGGGGUUUUUUGCUUUGGUCUUUUUCUGGUUUUUUAUCUUUUUCUCUUUUAAGUGCACUGUGGCAUUCCUGAUUUACUCUGCAUCUUGUGGACAGGUCAAAAAUGUGUAAAUAAAUCCCACUGUCAUUGCUCCACAUGGUUAUCUAUUCUGGGCCUAAUUCCAAGCCCAGUUAAACUGAUGGCAAUCCUUCCAUUGGCAUCAAAGGACUGCAGUUUAGAACCUGUGAUGGAGGUGCAAAGCAUCACCAAAGAGGCUGGAUAAACUGCCUCUGCAGUCAUCCAAAGUGAGUUUCUGAAACGCAGUAAGGGAAGCAAACCUUGAACUAAUUUGAGGUCAAAUAUGCUUUAUGCACAUGAUAAUGGAGCUUUUAAAAAAGUCAGCUCCACCUAGCACGUGUUAAACAUCUUCAAUAUUAUAAAAGAUAUUAUUCAGAUUUAAGACUGACAAUUUGAACAGAUAACCCAGUAUUUUACUUCUCAAAAAAAUCAGAUGCACUGUUUAUACUUGGGUGGAAAACCGCAGAUCAGAAUAAAGUUUGUUGUGUUUCCUCAGUGCAGGAUAGAAUUUACUCUGCUGAUUGAGGAUUUUAGUUGUCCACGUAUUGCCUUUCAGGCACUGGUAGAUUCUUAUCAGCAAUUUAUCUGCAAUUUUGUGGCUGAAUCUUGUUUCUUUAUGUAACGUUACUUUAGCACAAGAAAAUGUGCCUACAUUACAUUCCUUAUGCUCCUUGUAAAAUACUCCUAGCAAACAAUAAUUCACAUUGAACAUUUACUCCCCAAAGUAUAAUUAUGACUUAAAAUAUAAAAUGGCUCUCCAUUCUUUUUGUGAGAGACUUUUCAUGCAGGCUGUUGAUGUGUUAGAAAGAACCAGACUCCCAGUGGAGUGGGUAGAAGCUUGAUUGCAGCUAGAGAUAGACGAUGCAGCAGCAGUAACUGGAGACUGCACACACAACACACCACAACGGCCAUUAUGGAGCUGUUAACCUCUAGUGUGUCAAAACCUACUCAGAAACUGGUUGAAUUCAUAGAUUGCUGAUCCAAGUGGUUCCUUUAAAUUCAGCAAAAAAUGAACUGAAGGGCUAUUCUGCGUUCGAGUUAUAAAUUCUUGGAAAUAUCGGUUAAUAGUGGAAAUAAUGACAGACCUUUACUGUAGCUGCAUGGAUGGUGCUGGUAUUAAUAAUGCAGAAGUGCAAGGCAGGACAGCUCUCAGAAGCUGAUAACUGUUGAAGUGCAGAAAACCUCAUUAAAACAACCUAAAGGAUGGUGGAUUAUUAUAACAACUUCUUUCCUACAGUGCCCUUCAACUAUAUAAUUGCACAGUAUACGUAGCAACUUGAAAAGAUUCAGAAAUAUGUAAGAAAUAAAAUCUCUGGCCAGAGUUACUGGCAGCCUAAUUAUGUGAAUAUAUUGUGUACUCUGCAUCCUGUUCUUUAGUUUUGAGAGCCUACGGAUUCGUGAAUGAUGAAUAAUGUGGUGUCUAACCAAAAUAUCAGCCCUAAGUUGCUGGAAUACAUAUCCAACCUAAAUAAUUGCCUUGGAUUUGUGUUGAUUCCAAGCAGUAGAAUAGUUAUGACUAACUUGCAGUUGUUAAAUGUAAACAUUUUGUAUUAUUUUUGCAUUUAAGAUUUUACAGAACUGUGGACAGGAGUUGUUAAGGGUGUUUAUGGGAUUUUUGGUCGCUGUUUCUGAGGAUAAGGUGCAAUAACCCCACCUCAUGUGAGGGUACCGCUCGAAGGCCAGUGGUGUGGGCUGCUGUUUGUGCUAUGGGUAUUUCACAAGUGCCAGUUUUACUGGGUUACUUCCACCGACAAGGAAAGCCACCCCCUGGUUUGGGGCUUUGAUUAGUGUUCAGUAAUUCAGUUUAGCAGGAUCUGGACCACACUGGGCUGCAGUCCCUGUGCAAUGUACUGUACCCUGCAAUGCACUGAGCUAAUAUUUAGAGGUAAAGCUCCAAAUCUGUUCUCUGCACCAGCGUAUAAUAGAGUAUUCAAAGUAAGUGGGUUUUAUAAAAUGUUUGAUGGCUGGAAAUUACUAGUCUAGAAGAGUACACAAGAUUAAACGUUAAGUCGCUCAAAUUGUGCAAGUUUACCUCAAAGACAUUUUCACAAUGCCUUUGAAAAAGUCUUUCAGCUUGUUCUCAUUGAAUAACCAAUCCUGGCCUAAGGUACAGUGUAACGAUGCUUAUACAUCGCUCCACUGCCUCUGCAAAGCCACUUGAGACAAUUUUGUACAACACUUCUGUGGCGGCAGCAUCAGGCGGCCCUUCAGCAGCACUCCAGCGUAGGGCUCCCGGCUGGAGGCUUUCCGUCGCAGAAAUGUGGCAAGUGCUUCAGAUAUUUUGCAAGUGGAGAAACCAAUUGAGCUCAGCCCCGUGGUCUUAAGCCAAGUGGGAGCAGAAGGUGAAGGGCCUACAAUUAAGGCCAAGAGAUCUUCAUCUUCACUCAGAGGGUGAGAAAACGGCAGCUGCUCUGACAGGACUUGCCGUGCGUGGGGACCAAGGAGCACCGGGCACCCCGUGAACUGGGAGGGAAACCUCUGCAGGUCCGGGGCUUUGUGUUUCAUAAGGAAAUAACAGGUGAGAAGCAGCUGUUCCCCACAAAAUGCUCCCCACGAGUGGGCUCCCACUCCAGCCGCUGCUGAGGGGGCGGCACAGGGAGGCAGAGGGCAGCCAUGCCGACGUGCACGGCAGGGCAUUGAGCCCCUUCCCUGCCACCUCCCCUCGAGGGGCAGCCCGGGCGCAACGGCCCCGGCCCACCCGGCCCAACAGCCUGGCGGACCCAGCUCCCCGCGGGGGAACCGCCCGCAGUGGCCGUGAGGGACCCCGGCCGAGGAGCGCUGAGGGGGCGAGGCCGGGCAGCGUGCGGGGUUCGGGGCUGCGGGGCGAGGCAGGGCCGGGGCUGGUUUGCCCUCGUGUUUAACCUCGACCAGGUUCGCUCAGCAGCGUGCGCGGCCUCAGGGCUACAGGAAAACCGGGGCCGGCAGCGGAAACGGUGGCUGAGCGGAGCCGGUGACCGCAGGGCGGGCGGGACACGCGUCCGCCGGAGUGGGCCCCGUCUCCUGAGGAGGGUGAAAGACACCGACCCCACACUCGGUGUGCGUGAAGGGGAGCCUGCAGCGGAGGGAGCCUGCAGUGGCCCCGCCGGGGCUGGGCCGGGCCGUGGCGCACAGCCCGCCCCCGGGCAUGGCUGUGACCCUGCGGGAGGGCAUCUGCGUCUUCUAUGACUUAGAGCUGGCGGAGAUCCGUAUUUUGCAAGAAGAAGGGCAGGAAGAGAGUUCAGAAAACAAAGCGACAGAGAAACCACCAGACACGCUCCUGAUGGAGGUACAAGUUCUGGAUAAGAUUGACAGAGAUAAUGAUGCCAUUGCAUUUGAAAAUGACAUCCAGCAACUGAGCCCAUCUGCAGAGGGGGAAGGAAAGGAAGUUUUUUCCACUGUUGGGGAAACAAAGAGUCAGAGCUGCAAAGGGGGUGAUGAUUUGUCAGAGUUACUCAGUGAAAGUAAAGAGCAGGAAUAUCCAACUGCACCAGAACAAAGAGUUGUAAGAAAUCUCAAGAAUCUAAAAUUUGUGGCUUGUGCUCCACAUCAGGAAAAAGCAGGAGAAAAAGAAUGUUUCAACUGUUUUUUCUGUACAUUCACCUCAGUCAAAUUAUCAAGUCUUAGGCGUCAUUUGAAAACCCAUUCAGAUGAGAAACGUCACGUGUGUCACCUCUGCCCGAAGGCCUUCCGUACAGCAACUCUGCUGCAUAACCACGUGAACACACACACAGGGAACAAACCCCAUAAAUGCAGUGAGUGUGACAGAGCAUUUGUGACCCGGGGGGAGCUUUCACGACACAGGAGGUACAAACACACUUUAGAGAAGCCUUUCAAGUGCACAGUAUGUGAAUACUCCAGUGUUGAAGCCAGCAAAAUGAGACGCCACGUUCGUUCGCACACGGGAGAGCGGCCCUACCCCUGUGACCUGUGCAGCUAUGCAAGCAAAGAUGCCUAUAAACUGAAAAGGCACAUGUUAACUCACACAGGUGAAAAACACUAUGAAUGUUACGUUUGCCAAGCCAGAUUCACUCAAAGGGGUACCAUGAAAAUCCACAUGUUACAGAAGCAUGGAGAAAAUGUGCCAAAACACCAGUGUCCACAUUGUAGUACCUGUCUUUCCCGAAAAAGUGAUUUGGGUGUGCACCUGAGGAAUCUGCAUUCCUACAUGGAAGAGGCAGUGCAGUGCAGGGACUGUGAAGCAGCUUUCCACGAGCGCUACGCUUUCCUUCAGCACAGGAAGACUCACAGGAAUGAGAAAAGAUUCAAAUGUGCUCAGUGCAGCUGCACAUGUAACCAGAGUAAUAUGUGUAAGCACGCUGAAAACUGUGGAUUGGUGAGGGCAAAAACUGCUACACCCAGAAAAAGAAGCAAAGGCAAAAAUAAAAUCCAUAAGAACCCGAAGUGUGUUAAGCCAGAAGUUGCCCUGAAAUCAUUCCAAGAUGACUCUACUGUGAGAAAUGAACAUUGUGCCAGUGAGAUUGUUCCUGUUUUAGAUGGGACAGAAACAGCAGCUCCGAGGGAACACAAAACAGAAGCAACUCAUGAAGUGGAUUCUCAACAUCAAGGACAAAUAAUGCACAAACAGACUGGUCUUCCUUGUUCUCAGUAGUUGUAACUGAACAGUUCAAAGUGUGGAACUACCUCCAGUUAGAAAGGUAGAAAAGAUGUUGGUUGGAAGCUGUUGAAGCCUUUUCCGUGCUCGUGUUUCUUCCUGCUGCAGUUUCUACUGUGCAGCCUAAGUACCAUUGCAAAGUGUGAAAGUUAGAGGGGACCUUCAGCUGGUUUCUUACAUACAUGUAAUAACAGAAUGGGAGAAAACAGCUCAUUUCAGGGUCAUUUAUUAAAGAAUGGGUAGGUUUUUUCACCUUGCAUUUGUUUUUUUCCAGCUUUACUCACAGAAUUGCAGACUGAUCUGAGGCAAAUUUAUCCCUCAGUAUCACUGAGAGCUGCCUGAAUUUUGGUGUUUUUCAGUGUUUAUACUUGGCUGAGGUGAGCACAUGAAAGACAAUGAUUUUUUUUAAUGCAAGAAAACAUUUACUAAAUCUCCUUUCUACAAACACUUUGGUUUCCAAUAGAAUUCAUGAUGCAGUAGAAUGCGUGACACAAAUUUCUGAAAAAGCACUGUUUUUUAUGCCUCAUACUGUUGGUAAUCAGAAACAAAUUUUUUGUCUGAAUUUUUAUCAUCUCAGUUAGCUGGGCAGACAGAGCUGCAUGACAAAAAUGAAGCAGGAACAGGGUGUCAGAAAAGUGUGGAUGAACCCCACAUUCUGGGAAUGCAGAACCUUUUGUGACCUUAAGCUGACUGUUUUUUGAAUGCAGGUGGGAUCUCUUUUUUUUUAUCCCUCCUUUAAACAGCUUUGCAAGUGUUCCAUGUAAGUUUGUGAUCCUCGGUUUAGCACCAGAUCCAAACCACACCCACCACUUUGAUUUUAAUUAGCUCUUCAAUAAAGCACAAUUGCAUUAUUUACGAAAGUUCAUGUUUAUAGUAGACUUAAAAAUCAAAAAAAUUUAACUGACAAAUACAAUUCUCUAACGUUCCUUAGGUUAUAAGAACUACUGGGUUUAACUCAAUAAUUACUAGAGUCAUUACAGUAAGUACUAUUACUUUUUAUGAUUCAUUACAAUGAUCACAAUUGCCAUUUAUGCACUGCUCACACAUUUUUUUUUUGUCAUUUAUAAUUAAUACUUGGAAACCUGCUCAUAAAAUCUUAAAUACUUUUAAAAUAUUCAUCUUUAAUGCUGCUAUUCUUACGUUACAUUUAAUUAUAAAUAAGCCCAGCAUAACUAACAAAUAUUAAUAAUAUUAGGUCAUGUAACAAGUAAAUUUAAUUGAAAUGUCAAGCCCUCAUCCCAAUUUCAAGAUUAACAUCUGUGUUUAGCUUUGUUAUGGAAUUUGACCAGUAUUAAAUGGUUUGGGUUUGCACGUUGGGCAAGCUGUGGUUGCUGGUUCUGCUGAUGUGGUCAGGGGCAGAGAAUUCCUGUGCUGUGCACUCCAGGUGAGCUGAAGUCUGACAGCAACUGCAACUUUAAACUUUUUUUACUUUGAAUAGCGUGUUAAAAAUGAAACCUAGUUAGUUUAUUAAAAUAACAGCUUUAUCUUAUAAUUGGUAGUGUCUACAUGCCUGUUCUAGGAUAACUUCUUUAAUUCAGCUGCUGUUCCAAGCCAGUGCCAGGAGCUUUAGCUGCCACACAGUGUCCCCAGUAUCUCUGUGCUCACGGUGAGCAGAUAAGGAAGAAUGUUGGUAUUAGCAGGAGAUAAUUGCUGUUUACAGCAAAUAAUCCAUUUGUAGAGACCACACCAAAGGCCUCAUUGAGACCUUCAUCAAUCAGCUCAGUCAAACACAUGAACAGGAAUUACAGUUUGGUAAUAGAAACCUUGUCCAGUUUUGUAGCAAACCUGAGAAGUCAGAGGGCUUGAAUUCAUCGAAAUUUCUCAUUGGUUUUGUCUCUCCAUUACAGAGCUGUUACUUGAGUGUUUAUAAAUGUUCAUAUUUAUUGGUUUGUGUCUGUUUCCAUACUGGUAAAAUGUCCGUAAGUUCAUUUGUUCUUCCAGUGACAGGACUUAAGAAUACUUUUGUUCAUGAUAAUUGCUUAAAUAAUAUGGUUAACUUUAUUCUUGUUGUGCUAUCUCCAUUUCUGUUAUAAAUUAUAAGCAGCAGAUUUUUUGUUAAAAUUAAUUUUAGAAGUUGUUUAAAUUCCUUGAUCAAUUUGCUGAAUAUAUAUUGUUCAUUUGAAUUGUUAAUAACAAAGCUGACUCAUCCUGUGCUGACAUCUCAAAAUCAGACUACAUAAAGUGGAAUGUGAAUGUAGUAAUAAAAGGUAUUUUUAUCUCUGAA